CAUAGAGAGCAAAACGUGCCGUUUUUGUCUUCUCCCAAAAGCGGAAAGCCAGACAAAAUCUGAAGGCGCUUGUAGUUGUAGUAGAAGAGUAGCAGAUAAAAAGUCGAAUCCUACAUACAUAUUUUGAAAAUAGAGGAACAGAAGCAAAGCCAUUUUUUGAUGGUAGAAUAGAAAAGAAUAGAUUUCAAUAUGAAAUCCCAGGUUUCAAAUCCCAUAAAUCAAAUUCAACUCCCAAUCCCAAAACCCCACUGCCACUGCCACUGUCACUACCCAUCACAUUUCUUAUCCUAUUCUAGAAAAACCAAUGCUUUUAGUUUUAGAGGAGCCAAAUUACGCUCCAGCUCCAAUAGUCUCUCAGUGCUUUUAUAUAACCACAGCAAGCUGAGAAUUAGUGCUUGCAAUGCUUCGGCUUCUGACUCACUUGUAGUAUCCACAGAUGCAGAGGAAGAUGCUGAGUCUGCUCAGAUAUUUGAGAAAUUGAAGGAUACAGAGAGACAACGAAUAAAUAAGAUGGAGGAACUUGAGAACAAGGCUAAUAUGCAGUUAGAGAGGCAGCUUGUCAUGGCUUCAGAUUGGAGCAGGGCCUUGUUGGCUAUGCGUGGAAAAUUGAAAGGAACACAGUGGGAUCCUGAGAACUCGCACAGGAUCGAAUUUAGUGAUUUCUGGAAACUUCUUAACUCAAACAAUGUCCAGUUCAUGGAGUACUCAAAUUAUGGUCAAACAAUAUCAGUAAUUCUACCAUACUACAGAGACGGAAAAAUGGAAGGAACAAAAGGGAAUUCAAAGAAAGAUAUUGUUUUCCGGCGUCAUGCUGUGGACCGUAUGCCGAUUGAUUGCUGGAAUGAUGUUUGGCACAAGUUGCAUCAGCAAAUGGUAAAUGUUGAUGUUUUUAAUGUGGACACAGUACCUGCGGAAGUGUACUCAACUGUUGCAACUGCAGUCAUAUGGUCCAUGCGGCUUGCCUUAUCUGUUGCGUUAUAUCUCUGGAUUGAUAGCAUGAUGAGACCAAUUUAUGCAAAGUUAAUACCUUGUGACUUGGGAAGUCCUAGCAAAACAACCAGGCAGCCACUGAAGCGCCGUGCGCUUGGAUCCUUAGGCAAGAGUCGGGCAAAAUUUAUAUCUGCUGAAGAAUCUACGGGUGUUACAUUUGAUGAUUUUGCUGGCCAGGAAUAUAUAAAGAGGGAACUACAGGAGAUUGUAAGGAUUUUAAAAAAUGAUGAAGACUUCCAAGACAAAGGCAUCUACAGCCCAAAAGGUGUUCUUCUCCAUGGACCUCCUGGAACUGGUAAAACACUGUUGGCUAAAGCUAUAGCUGGUGAAGCCGGACUUCCUUUCUUUGCAGCAAAUGGCACUGAUUUUGUUGAGAUGUUUGUAGGUGUUGCAGCAUCUCGUGUUAAGGAUCUUUUUGCUAGUGCCAGAUCGUUUGCACCUUCCAUUAUAUUUAUUGAUGAGAUAGAUGCUAUUGGUAGCAAGCGUGGUGGACCUGAUAUUGGUGGGGGUGGUGCAGAAAGGGAACAAGGCCUACUUCAGAUACUGACUGAAAUGGAUGGAUUUAAAGUUUCUACAUCACAGGUGCUAGUCAUAGGUGCAACAAAUAGACUAGAUAUUCUUGAUCCUGCUCUCUUGAGAAAGGGCCGUUUUGACAAGAUCAUAAGAGUUGGUUUGCCAUCGAAAGAUGGUAGAUUGGCCAUAUUAAAGGUGCAUGCGAGAAAUAAGUAUUUUCGUUCUGAGGAGGAAAAGGAAGUUCUCCUUCAGGAAAUUGCAGAGCUUACAGAAGAUUUUACUGGGGCAGAGUUGCAGAAUAUACUGAAUGAAGCUGGAAUUUUGACUGCCCGGAAAGAUUUGGACUACAUUGGACGAGAAGAGUUGCUAGAGGCUUUGAAAAGGCAAAAAGGCACAUUUGAAACAGGCCAAGAAGAUAGUAAAGAAAUUCCAGAGGAAUUAAAGCUGAGAUUGGCAUACAGAGAAGCAGCUGUUGCUGUUCUUGCAUGCUACUUCCCAGAUCCCUACAGACCCUUCACUGAGACAGAUAUAAAAUCCAUUCGUAGCCAGCCAAAUAUGCAGUAUACCGAAGUUUCAGGAAGAGUUUUCUCAAGAAAAUCAGAUUAUGUGAACUCAAUUGUGCGUGCAUGUGCUCCAAGAGUAAUUGAGGAGGAGACGUUUGGGGUUGACAACGUGUGUUGGAUCUCUGCAAAGGCCACAUUAGAAGCUUCGAAGCGUGCAGAAUUCUUGAUUCUGCAGACAGGAAUGACUGCAUUUGGGAAAGCAUACUACAGGAAUCAACGUGAUCUUGUGCCAAAUCUUGCAGCCAAGCUACAAGCACUUAGAGAUGAAUACAUGCGUUAUGCUGUGGAAAAAUGCUCAUCAGUGUUGAGAGAAUACCAUUCAGCUGUAGAGACAAUCACAGAUAUUUUACUCGAGAAGGGAGAGAUUAAGGCUGAGGAAAUUUGGGACAUAUAUAAUAGGGCUCCACAAAUACCUCAGCCAGCUGUGGAUCCAGUCGAUGAAUAUGGAGCCCUAAUUUAUGCUGGACGAUGGGGAAUCCAUGGAAUCACACUUCCUGGGAGGGUUACAUUUGCUCCCGGAAAUGUUGGAUUUUCAACCUUUGGUGCACCCCGCCCAAUGGAGACUCAAAUCAUAAGUGAUGAAACUUGGAAGCUAAUAGAUGGAAUCUGGGAUAAAAGGGUUGAGGAAAUAAGAGCUGAAGCUUCCAUGGAAGUUGAAGAAGACAAAGAAAAACCACAACUUUUGAUGGCCAGCCAUUUCCUUUGAAAGCAGAUCAUGCUUUUCUUCCUGGAUAAAGAUGAGAAGUUGUGUAUAAAAUUGGAGCUCUCAGCUUCCAUGUGGAGUCGGGCUAUUUUUCAUCAGAUGAAAAACUGACAUGUCUCCAUUGUUGAUGGAUGUGUUGCUUGGCUGGAGUUUUUGUUGCUGAAUAAAAGCAACACGAAUUUGACAGACCUGAGAAGGCCUUCAAUCUUAAUUUAUUCUCAAAGAUACAAGCUAGAGGUAGUGGUUGAACCAAAGUGGUUGAAUUUCAUGAGAGGGUCACUGUUGUAUACUGAGAUUAUGUCACUGAGGUCCUUUGUGCGAAAAGAGAGUUUUGAAAGGAAGAGCAUUGUUUUCAUUUUUGUUGCUGAUGAGUUUGAAGUGAAUGCAUUAUUGAUGAUAUCAAGGGAAAUAUCUAUUUCAGAAAUUUGUAAAUUAAUUCUUUGGUUUCAUGUAUAUGGCUAAAAUACAUACUCUUGUGAUAGGUUGGUGAAAGAAUUACAAAUUUUAUAACAA